UUCCCUCACCUGUUCAUGUCUGAGACAUUUUACACCUGGUAACAAUCUGCAUCUGUCCUGAUGAUGAAGAUGAUGAUGAUGAUGAUCUCUCUGACUGCAGGAAGAUGAAAACACUUUUCUCUGGGAGUGUGUUACCUGUCCUGGUUUGGAGUUACAUUUCUCUUGGUCUUAAAUCUGCGUUGGUUCAAACAGACGAGGAAUCUGUGCUGGUCUUCUGUUACAGAGAGAAUGAGACCUGGAUCAGCUGCAGUGUUUCUGAUUCUCCUGCUGAACGUCUCCACAGGUCAAACUCUGACAUGUGGUCCAUACGAGUAUGAGACACCUGGUGGAUGCUGUCCUAUGUGUCCACCUGGAAGCUGAAAACACUUUUCUCUGAGAGAAUGAGACCUGGAUCAGCUGCAGUGUUUCUGAUUCUCCUGAUGAACGUCUCCACAGGUCAAACUCCCUCAUGUCGUAGAAAUGAGUAUGAGAUACAUGAUAGAUGCUGUCCUAUGUGUUCAGCUGGAGAUUGUGUUUAUGAAGACUGCACAGACUCCAGGAGUACUCUCUGUGAGCGCUGCCCUGAAGGAACCUUUAUGAACCAUCCGACUUCCCGUACACGGUGCUACGACUGUAAAAGAUGUGAUGAAGGAGGUUGUGUUUAUAAAGACUGCACAGACUCCAGAAGUACUCUCUGUAAGCGCUGCCCUGAAGGAACCUUUAUGGACCAUCUGACUGCCCGUCCAGUCUGCUACGACUGUAAAAGCUGUGAUGAAGGAGGUUGUGUUUAUAAAGACUGCACAGACUUCAGAAGUACUCUCUGUAAGCCCUGCACUGAAGGAACCUUUAUGGACCAUCCGACUUACCGUAUACAGUGCUACGACUGUAAAAGCUGUGAUGAAGGUUCUGGUCUGAAGAUGAAGACGUCGUGUACGAUAGUAUCAGACACAGUUUGUGAACCUCUGGAAGGAUUUUACUGCUCAGACUCUAGAAAGGACGACUGUGAGGAAGCAAGGAAACACAGACGCUGUAAACCAGGAGAAUACAUCAGAGAACACGGAACUUCCUCCACAGACACCGUGUGCUCGACCUGCUCUGAUGGAACUUUUUCAAACGGGACGUUUACAUCUUGUCAGAAUCACAAACAAUGUGAAUCAGAGGGUCGAGAGCUGCUGAGAGCAGGAACUAAGACAGAGGACGCUCAGUGUGGAGGACUACUGCCAGACUGGGCUGUAGUGGUUAUCUGUGGUGUUGUUGGUGGUGUUGUUGGUGGUGUUGUGAUGUUUUUAGUCGAUGUACUCGAAGCGUUUUAUUUCAGACUGAGAAGGAUAAUUAGACAUCAAAACUCAGGAAACAGAAGACAAGCAGGACUCUCUCACCAGGAAGGUGAGAAGUUAACCCUGAAGAGUCUGAAGUCAGAUGACUCCAAAGAGUCGAAGACGGUGCAGAGUGAAUCAUCUCCAGGAUCCUGUUCUGGUCCAGCUGCUGAAUCCUGACACACUGUUGAUAUCUGUUUAUAUUUAUAUAUGUAUAUAUGUGUUUAUAUGUAUAUAUGUAUAUAUGUGUUUAUAUUUAUAUAUGUAUAUAUGUGUUUAUAUUUAUAUAUAUAUAUGUGUUUAUAUCUGUUUUUAUAUCUGUUCCAGUUUUGUUUCUGAGACGAUGAUUGAACACAAACACUUUCAUCAGCGCUCCAUCGGCUCUCUCACCAUCAAGUUUAAAUCUUUUAGAAAUUAAAGAUUGUCUCUUUAAUUUCUUGGGCCGGCUGUGGAUCAGUGGUGGUCGGUCGUCUCCCAAGUGAAAGGUUGUGGGUUCGAUCCCCAGCUCCUGCAGCAACAUGUUGAUGUUUCUUUGGACAAAAUGUUUAACCCCAAAUAACUCCCUCUGCUGCAUCAUCAGGGUGUGAAUGUGUAAAGAUGAGUGUGAGCUGAGAUGAGAUCAGAUGUUUUUAUUAUGAUUUUUAUUAUAUUUUUAUUUACUUUUGGGUUCAUAAAAAAGCUUUUGUUGCACUAUAUGUUCAAAUACUUCAUGUGAUGUCUUUCUGUUAAAGUCUUUAUUUCUGAUUGAACUAAAUGUAUGACACGAGAUGUCAGAGCGCUGUGUGAGGUUACAUGUCCGGUAGACUCUUUAUGUUUUUGAUUCUGUUUUCAGAAAAUAAAUCAAGUUAAUGUUUUUAAA